CACCCAAACAUUAUCUUCCCCCAAAAACUUGUUUAUGUUGAGGUAUGCACCGCUUGUCGUCCGUUCUUUCGUUCUAAAUUUCACUUAAAGAGGUAUUCAUAUGGUGCUUGUUCACGUUUUGAGAAGUCUAUCGUCACCAGACACAUCUUGAGAAUGGAGGGUGGCAAAGCUACUUCAACCAAUACGAGAAGCACAGAAUUUAUUACGAAAUCGCUUUUAGCAGGAGGUGUGGCAGGUAUGUUUUCAAAAACAACUGUUGCCCCACUUGAUCGAGUAAAAAUUCUUCUUCAAGCUCACAACCGGCACUACAAGCAGCAUGGUGUGUUUUCUGGACUGGCAAAAAUAGUCAAAUUUGAAAACCUGUGGGCACUGUAUAAAGGCAAUGGAGCCCAGAUGGUCAGGAUAUUUCCAUAUGCUGCUACUCAGUUCACCUCUUAUGAGGUCUACAAACCCUUGAUUGGAAAUUUGAUGGACCAACAUCAUUUAUCCAAAUUUUUUGCUGGAUCUGCUGCUGGCAUUACAGCUGUGCUACUUACUUACCCACUUGACACAAUUCGAGCAAGACUUGCCUUCCAAAUAACUGGUGAGCACAAAUACUCAGGAAUUACACAUACUGCUAUCACCAUGUUCAAAGAGGAAGGUGGAAGCAGAGCUUUAUAUCGUGGUUUCACACCCACUGUCCUUGGCAUGAUACCAUAUGCAGGAUUGUCAUUUUACUGUUUCGAGGGACUCAAAUAUUGUUGCAUGAAACACAUCCCUCAGUGGACAUGUGAGCCUUGCCCAAUCAAUUCCGGUGGUCUUGUCCUGAAACUGUGGGCUAAGCUGCUAUGCGGGGGAUUCGCUGGUGCCAUUGCUCAGAGCUUCGCAUAUCCAUUUGACGUGACAAGAAGGAGGAUGCAACUGGCGCAAAUGACUCCCGACAAACAUCGCUGGAGGGGACUCGGCAUGUUUGGAACUUUAAAUCAAAUCUACAAGCAAGAAGGCAUAAUCUACGGGCUCUACAGAGGAAUGUCCAUUAAUUAUUUACGUGCCAUCCCCAUGGUCGCCGUUUCUUUUACCUCUUACGAGCUGAUGAAGCAGCUGCUCAAUUUAGACACGGGUAUCAAGAUAGAGUGAUUUGGUAGGUUUCGUCGUAAAAGUCGUUCAAUCCCCGUUAAGGGGACGUGUCAUCGAUUUUUAAAUAUAAUAUGAACUGUUUCUUUUCGAAAAAUCAAAUAAGUAUGAUAGUCCAUAAUGCCGACGCCAUGGAAUUGUAAAAUUGUUUAGACAAAUUGUUCAUUAAGUCCCAAAUUGCUAUCCAGAAAAUGCCCUGAUUGCAAUGCAUUUGACAAUGAACAAACACACAAUGUUUGCUCAAAAGUUUUCAAUGUAGAAAAAAAAACCUGUACAAUAAUCGAAAUAGCAUAUUAUAGACUAUUCUUUUUA